AUGGCUGAGAGCCAACGGCUCGUCCUGUCCGCACCUGAGCUCCUCGAAUAUAUUCUCCUUUACCUUGAUAUUCAAUCCCUGCUGACCUCAGCCCAGCGAGUUUGUCACUCCUGGGCCAGGCUCAUUCAAGCUUCCCCAAGGCUACAGCAGGCCCUGUUCUUUAAGCCGAUCCCACCAGAGAAGUGCCACGAAAAGUUGCGUAAUCCACUCCUAGCGAAAGAAUUUUGGAAUUUCUUUCCCCCUCCCCAGGACCCAUCCGGUGUGAGAGAAUGCACCUACCUGAUGCUGUCCGGGCCGGAGGCGAGUGAGAGGCGCCAGAAACUUUUCCGCCGCGAAGCAAGUUGGCGUCGGAUGUUGGUGCAGCAGCCCCCUGCGUCUCUUGCCUAUGUGCAAGCUACUUCUCCUCGCGGGGAUUGGAUCUUCAAGCACUAUUAUCUCCCAUGCGACGCCGCUCCCAUGACUCACUGGGUUAAUGAUCAGGUUCAGAUGAAUCUGAUAGGGCUGCGGAUGAAUAUGCUCUAUGACCUAGUUUCUGAGAGCCUUUUAGGAGGCCUACGCCAGCACUGGAUCUGCUGGGAGGGCCAUAUGCCUCCACAGUUUGGCCCGCUAGUUUAUAUAGAGGAGUUCAUGCCCUUGGUCGAACGGGCGAUACAGGAAGCCGAUGUGGUGGUCAUCGAUCAUUGGCGGACAAUCCGGGCCGCGACUAUACCAUUCACCUGCUACUAUUCUGCAGAAGGUGGACCAGACGUUGAACAGGAUCAUCCGGUCAGCUCUCGCAGUGAUCCCACACAAAAUCUGUGUAUCGAGACACUGAACAGGGCUGGCUCGGACGUCAGUCGUGCCUCUGAUCGUCGAUCCAAGUUACUUUCUGCUUUUCGAACCUUGCAGUAUCCUUUUCGGGAUUGGGGGGUGGACUCUAACUCAACAAGGGUGUCUGGUCUUGCUUGUUUGAAGCUGCGGGAGGAGAAGUUCAUCCCAAGGGAAGAGAGCAGCGACGAAGAGAGCAACGAUGAGGAAUGCUAUAUAAAGUCCAUUAUCUAUUAA